AUGUCGAGAGGCAGCUUUGUCUUCACGUCCAUGGCCUUGCGUUCUCUUGAACUUGACAAGGACACGCUAGAGAGAUACAAGUACAGCAGGCAACUUGCCUCUCAUAAUCUGAGUAGCUAUAUGCUGAAGAAGGAGGCCAACAACAGAGCACUGCUGAAGUCCCUGCCACCAGCUGUCUGCCACGAUGUGGUCAUCCACAAUGCUUUGUAUACAGGAGACCUGGAGGCUAUGCAGCACUUUUUUCCUAGAGGAUCCAUAGCAAACCUCAUCAUUGAGCCACAGGGAGGGGAAAUGCGCUGGGCUGCCAGAGGGGAAGGACUGUGGUCACUGACUUAUGAGCAGGAGCUGACGACACCGCUUCACAUCACAGCUGGUCGAGGCUUCACGGACUGCCUGAGGCUCCUGCUGCAGCGCGGAGCAGAUGUUGACCUAGCACCUGGCGGCACCACUGCGCUGCACGAGGCUUGUGAAAACUGCCAACCAGAGUGUGCCAAACUCUUGCUGAUGCACGGUGCCAAUGCCAAUGCUGUCUCAGAGGACGGCCUUAUGCCUUUGCAUGUUUGUACAAGCCCUGAAUCCCUUGAAUGUGCCAAGUAUCUCCUUCAGUAUGGAGCUGCAAUCAACGGCUGCACUGUAGAUGAAUAUGACACUCCUCUCCAUGCAGCUGCCAGGAAUGGCCUCCCAGACCACACUGAGCUGUACCUGCGUCAUGGAGCUGCUGUGGACAAACAGAACUAUGAGGGUCUCACCUCCCUCAAUUCUGCUUGUUCACAGCCCCAGGAGUCACAGGAUCUCCGUAAUUAUUUCAAGGUGUGUCAGAUACUGAUAAAUGCAGGGGCCAACAUCCACACUGAGGAACAGGACAAACGCACUCCUUUGCACAUGGCCUGUAAGAAUGCGAACCCAGACAUAGUGGAUCUGCUGCUGGAAAAUGGGGCCUGUGUUAACAACAUGGACUAUGGAGGUGAAGCUCCGAUGCACAACAUCCUGAAGGUGGUGGCCUACAAGAUUUCCCAUAGUCCUGAGAGGAUUGUCCGCUCUCUGCUCAACCAUGGCUCCAUUCGGGUGUGGCCCGGUGCUCUUCCGAAGGUUUUGAUGCACUGCUCCAAAUCGCCACGAACCAUUGAGGUUCUCCUGAAUGCCUACAGUCACCUCAAAGUCACGGACACCUGGGUUGAGUCCGUGUCAGAAGAGGUGUUUAAGGAACACAAAGAAUUUUAUGAGUCAGUCUUCUCCCUGGAAAUGACUCCUCGCUCCCUGCAACACUUGGCUCGCUGCAGUCUCAGGAGAUUCCUGGAAGGCCGGGUACACAAAGUGGUCCCAAAGCUCGAUCUGCCCAAGUUCAUCAAGAACUACCUUCUCCUGGAUUUCAGAGGAUACAUUCACUAA